GAGACGUGAUCUCGGUUCGGCGCCGCGAGAUCUUCUCGACUUCUUCCUCCCUCGGACCGGCCUACCUUCGGCGCCGCUUCCGGGAUGCUCCCACCGGUUGUGGGUUGACCGGUACCCGUUCUCUCCCGCCACGCUCCCGGGUUCCCAGACACCAUUUACAGGCCGGUGGCUUGCAGUGGAACCUCCCCCUCCCCACCCCACCCCCAUCUCGGAGAGCGCGCGCCCCCCUUACGCCCCGGGAACCAAUCAGCAGCCGCCUUAGGUGACCAUGUCUGAGUCUGGGCACAGUCAGCCUGGGCUCUAUGGGAUAGACAGGCGGCGGCGGUGGAAGGAGCCCGGCCCUGGCGGCCCCCAGAAUCUCUCCGGGCCUGGUGGUCGGGAGAGGGACUACACUGCACCUUGGGACAGAGAGAGACGGGAUGGCAGCGAAGAGACAAGCACGGCGGUCAUGCAGAAAACCCCCAUCAUCCUCUCAAAGCCUCCAGCAGAGCGGUCAAAGCAGCCACCGACUCCAACGGCCCCUGCCGCCCCGCCUGCCCCAGCCCCUCUUGAGAAGCCCAUUGUCCUCAUGAAGCCACGGGAGGAGGGGAAAGGGCCUGCGGCCACAGCGAAUGCCUCCACCCCCGAGGGCACUGCCCCACCACCCCCUGCAGCCCCUGCGCCACCCAAGGGGGAGAAGGAGGGGCAGAGACCCACACAGCCUGUGUACCAGAUCCAGAACCGGGGCAUGGGGACUGCCGCGCCGGCAGCCAUGGACCCUGUCGUGGGCCAGGCCAAACUGCUGCCCCCAGAGCGCAUGAAGCACAGCAUCAAGUUGGUGGAUGACCAGAUGAAUUGGUGCGACAGUGCCAUUGAGUACCUGUUGGAUCAGACUGAUGUCUUGGUGGUUGGUGUCCUGGGCCUCCAGGGGACAGGCAAGUCCAUGGUUAUGUCGUUGUUGUCAGCCAACACUCCUGAGGAGGACCAGAGGGCCUAUGUCUUCCGGGCCCAGAGCGCCGAAAUGAAGGAACGAGGGGGCAACCAGACCAGUGGCAUUGACUUCUUCAUUACCCAGGAGCGGAUCGUUUUCCUGGACACGCAGCCCAUCCUGAGCCCCUCCAUCUUGGACCACCUCAUCAACAACGACCGCAAGCUGCCUCCAGAGUACAGCCUGCCCCACACCUACGUGGAGAUGCAGUCACUCCAGAUCGCUGCCUUCCUCUUCACUGUCUGCCACGUGGUGAUUGUCGUCCAGGACUGGUUCACGGACCUCAGCCUGUACAGGUUCCUCCAGACAGCAGAGAUGGUGAAGCCCUCCACCCCGUCCCCCAGCCAUGAGUCCAGCAGCUCGUCAGGCUCCGAUGAAGGCACUGAGUACUACCCCCACCUGGUCUUCCUGCAGAACAAAGCUCGCCGGGAGGACUUCUGCCCUCGGAAGCUGCGGCAGAUGCACCUGAUGAUUGACCAGCUCAUGGCCCACUCCCACCUGCGGUACAAGGGUACGCUGUCCAUGUUACAGUGCAACGUCUUCCCUGGGCUCCCACCCGACUUCCUGGACUCCGAGGUCAAUCUGUUCCUGAUGCCCUUCAUGGACAGCGAGGCAGAGAGUGAAACCCCCCCAAGAGCAGGACCCAGUUCCAGCCCCCUCUUCUCCCUGCUCCCUGGGUACCGAGGCCACCCCAGCUUCCAGUCCUUGGUGAGCAAGCUCCGGAGCCAAGUGAUGUCCAUGGCCCGGCCGCAGCUGUCACACACGAUCCUCACCGAGAAGAACUGGUUCCACUACGCCGCCCGGAUCUGGGACGGGGUGAAAAAGUCCUCCGCCCUGGCCGAGUACAGCCGCCUGCUGGCCUGAGGCCAAGGGGAGGAACGGCUCGCAGAGAACCCCCUUCCGGGCCCCCAGUGGGUGGCGAGGGGCACCCACGUCCUCUCCCCGCGGGGCGGAGAGCGGCAGCAGGCCUGAUGGACAAGGGACCGUGACUUCCUCACCCGGAGACACGAGGUGUCCAGGGCCGGUCCCCCAUCCUCAAGGGAGCGUUGUUCAGGGGGUGACUUUGAGAUCCCGCCCCCAGCCUGGACGAGGUAGCCCAUCAUCAGCCCCCACAGGGACAGGCGGCGGGAGGAGCCUGAGUGGUCACCAGGAAGCCCAGACUCCGUGUCGGCCUCCUUCUGCAGGGACAGGAGCAGCAGGUCCCUCUGCCCUGACUCCAGGCCCCUGCCUGGAAGGUGAGGCAGGGUCUGGGAGCUCUUUAUUGGGGCAGAUCUGGUGGCUGGAAUAAAAACAGUCACGCAAGCCUGUUCUGGCGCUCAUCUUCUUCCCCCUCCCCAGUGUGCUGUCCUGGGAAUCCCCCCAGUUCUGGGUCCCAGCCCUUGGGGGCAGGUUAGCCAUGGCCUCCCAUUGGAGCCUGAAUGAACUUCCCGUGGGCACAUCCACUGUAGGUCAGAGAGUUGCCAGGGGUAGUUAAAGACCAGUCUUUGCUAUGGAGGAAGCCUCUAGAAAGGGGUAUUCUAUUUCCUGGGGUGAUAUCAAGCCUCCUGUCUCUGUGUGCCAUGGAGAGGAAGGUACAGGGCCCUCGUUUUCUGCUCACUUGAAGACGGUGCCUUCCCUUUGGUGAAAUGCCUAGUUAAAUGCAAUGCCUAACUCAAUUCGUUAAAAAAUAGAACACGUCCUUAGUUAAAUACAAUUAGUCAAUAUAGUAUACUGUCACUCGGUAUCCACAAGGGAUUGGUUCCAGGACCCCCCGUAGAUACCAAAAUCCUUAGAUGCUCAAGUCCCGUAUAUUAAACAGCACAGUAUUUGCAUGUAACCUACGCACAUCCUUCCAUCUACUGUAAGUCAUCUUCUAGACUGGUUAAAAAACCUAAUCCAUGGGCUUCCCUGGUGGCGCAGUGGUUAAGAAUCCACCUGCCGGGCUUCCCUGGUGGCGCAGUGGUUUAGAGUCCGCCUGCCGAUGCAGGGGACGCGGGUUCGUGCCCCGGUCCGGGAAGAUCCCACAUGCCGCGGAGCGGCUGGGCCCGUGAGCCAUGGCCACUGAGCCUGCACGUCUGGAGCCUGUGCUCCACAACGGGAGAGGCCACGACAGUGAGAGGCCCGUGUACCGCAAAAACAAACAAACAAAAAAGCCUAAUCCACCAGUCAGUGCUGUGUAAAUAGUUGUAAAUACAACGUAAAUGGUAUGUAGAUAGUUGCCAGCACUUGGAAAAGUCAAGUUUUACUUUUUGGAACUUUGUGGAAUUUUUUUUUCAAAUAUUUUCAAUCCAAGGUUGGUUGAAUCCACGGAUGUGGAACCCUCGGAUACAGAGGGCCAACUGUACUUCCCCUUAGUCAAAACAGGUUCUACCCUUGUUCAAAUACUCAUAUGUUAUCCUUACACAUGAUGUUACCCUUACACAUGGUGGCUUCCUUCCUCUCUAAACCUCAACCGCUCUUGCUGAGAAAUGGUCCCUCCCUUUAAUCCAGAACCUACCCUCAAUUAAGUACACCAUACAGUUCAAUGUAGUACCUAUCCUCACCUGCUCAGUUAAAUAUGGUACAUCAUCCUCGUUUAGUGUUUCCCAAAGUAUGUCUCCAGAUUGGUCUGUUCACCACACCCUAAUCCCAAACUAGUCCUGGCCCUCAAAUCAUACCACUCCACCCUUCAGUAAAGCAGUUGGUUCCAGUCCAACCAGCUGAUCUGGUCAGUCCACCACCCCCCAUGCCACUUUGGUCUCCCUGGCUUCCCCCUGCCCUCUGACAUACCCUGUAUACAGUCCUGGUGUCCAGGUCAUGGGAAUCCCGGGGUCUUUUGAGAAAAAAAGCACAGCUGAAGAGGGUAGAGUGGGGGUCAGUAAAGAAAGCAGUCAGGCCAGAGAAGGUCUGGCCAGAAGUGGGGAGUCUGCAGACCCCAGGUCUGGGAGGUACGAGGCCCAGGGCAGGCUCUGGCCCUGCCACCACUGGCUGAGACCUUAGGCGGGAACCUCCCUUCAUGACCCCCCAGGCCCUUGAGAGCUGUUCACUGCCCUCUUAUGGAAAUGCUUCUGCAUCCUUUGCCGCCGUGCCCGAUCUGCGGGGACACCUUUCUGGCCACUCUCUCCAGCCUGACAGCUGGCUCUUCUCUGCCUUAUCAGAACUUAGCACUCCCGUGUGCCGUUCCCUCCCCUUGCUUCCCAGGGGAGUGCUGGUUGGUGUGUGGGUUCACCAGAGUAGGGAAGGUGGGGGCAAUGCCAGCGAGAGCGUGAGACCCAGAGCACAGAAGCACGAGAGCACACAGGCGCAGACAGGAGAGUUGCUGCUGAGUUUCUUCCUUCCCGUCCCCCAGUGCCACCCAGCCUCGGCACAGAUGGAGCCUGCGUGCUCCCAGCCCCUCACUGCCACCUCCAGCUGGCCCAGGCUCAGGGCUGGGAUCCUUGACUGGAUUUAUCUGGGAGCUUGUGUUCAGCGUUGUCGAGGGAGGCCUCAACCAGCACGCUCUAGGUGUCCACAUCCAGGGAGGUGCAGAGCAUCGGUAAACAGUGGCGAAGGAGAGUCCGCAGGCGGCCAGGGAGCCCAGGAUGGGCACGUUGAGGGGCUCCUGGCUGAACGCCGAGGCAUCCCCGGAGGCCUGGCCCAGCAGUGCCGCCACCAGCGCCUCGGUGGUCUUGGUCUUCGGGCCCUGUAGCGCCUCCAGGAUCUUGUGCACGGGCCGGCCCAUCUGCUCCGCCAGCCUGACGAGGGAGUCCUCGUCCAAGCUGAAGCUGUGGCGGUAGCCCUCCAGGGAGUGGGUGAGCGUGUGUGCACAGGUCACAGGCCACUUCCGGCACGCCCGGCACGGGACUCGGGUUGGCCCCGCAGGCCACCAUGGCCACCAGCCAGAUGUGCUGCCGUAGCGAGGCCGCCUUCCGCUCCAGCACGGGCUUGGGGACGUUCGUUGGGCAGGGCCACCAAGAACGUGCGCCGCUUGUGGCUCUCUAGGCCCCUCACCGUCGACUCCUCCAGCAGGCGGAAGGCGUACUCGCCCAAUUCAAACAUGGACAGCAGGAAGACUUUGGGGUCCUUGAGGCCCUCCGCUGCAGGAGACAAAAGCACUUUCAGUGGGUCCCCGCGCCAAGCCGACCCAGCUGUCCUGAGAGCUGCCUGGGUGCAGGCUGGGUCUACACAGCAUGUGGCUUAAGACCGUCAGCCCUGGAGCUAGGCUGCCUGAGUUCAGAUCCCAGCCUCGCUCCCUACGCCCUGUGUGGCAUCAGGCUAGUUACCAGACCUCUCUGGGCUUUCCUGUACUUACCUGUAAAACCAAGGGAUGCUUGUAACCUACCUCCUAGGGAUGGCAUGGUGGUGAACUGAGCUGGUGAAGGUGGUGCGUGGCCGCUGGUGAGCCCUCAAGAAACAGCUGCCGGCCGCGACGCGUUGCCAGCAUCCGCCUGGGCACGGGCGGAUAGCAUUUGCACUGCUCUCACUUGGCCAAUACAUAAGCCAGUACCUACCCUUUUUUUUCCUUAAUGCAAGUGACUGGUCUCCAUCACAGGUGACUGAAAUGGCAGCUGUAAGCAGCAUUUCACCAUGGGGGCCAUGUGACCAUGGGCGACCCCUCACCCCACUGUGGGCCUCGGUGGGAAGAUGAAGGGGAAGGGGGAGGCAAGCCCUCAAGAAUCCAGCCCCCCCCAAAAUAAAUAAAAAUUUAAAAAAUAAAUAAGGAAAUAGGAAUUUCCUGGCAGUCCUGCGGUUAGGACUCUGCUUUCACUGCCAAGGGCCCGGGUUCAAUCCCUGGUUGGGGAAUUAAGAUCCCGCAAGACGCUCGGCCAAAAAAACCCAGAGCGAAUCCAGCCCUCCAGAGCCUGCCCCUCACCCUCCAGCCUCCGCACACAGUCGUUCCGAGGCUGGAUGAGCACCCUCUCCUCCGAGAAGGAGCUGAGGCGGCGGCUGCACGAGGCGGCGACGUCCACAUCCACCUUGGAGUGGAUGCGGUAGAAGCGCUCGCCCCGCCGCCCCGGAUCUCAAGGGCCAGCUGGGCAUGGUCAGCGGCGAAGCUCUCCAACGUAACGAUGAGGAAGAAGUCGUACCGGCCCAGCAGCGCCCGCUGGAGGUAUUUGUCAGCCCGGAAGGUGUGUGCGCCUAUGCCCAGCAGGUCCCAGAUGAUGAUGUUGGGGUACUUGGGAUGCGGGUAUGGCGUGGGGUCCACGGUCAUUUCCACCACUCCCGUGCAGACCGAGGUGGGGGUCCUCGCCCCCCCAGCCCCUGGAUGGCGUUGACAAAGGUCGACUUGCCUGAGUCCGUUCCCCCGGUAACACCAAUGUCCAGCCCGACGUUCUCCAGAGGAUGAAGCGUAGAUUGUAACGUGGCAGCUACUGCUGGCGGGUCCCCCGCCUCCUUCAGAGCCCUGGUGCCCUGCGAGAGCUCCAGUAUCUUGGACUGGCUGAGGCAUGAUUGGAAGACUUUGCUUGCCAUGGGCUACCUGACCCCCAGCUCUCCGUCUUCAGGACUUGAUGACCUUGGACAGGACAGCUGUGGAGAAUGUACUUGAGGAGGAGGCCGAGCUUCUGGCAGGUCGAGAGCGGGUCUUCCUCGCCGCUCCCCUCCCCGGAUCCCCACUUUUCCAUGCCGUUGUCACCAGCCGCCUGCAGGCUGACCUCAGGCUGGGACCCCUCCUCCUCCAAGGCCUUGAUGCGGACCUGCUGGGCAUCCUCGGCCAUCUCGUUGAGGCAGCCCCGGAGCAUGGUGUAGACGGUGCUGAAGCUGAUGCCCCCCGGCCACCAGCGUUCCGAGCUGGGGGAUGCCCUUCUCAAAGGCCCCGGCCUCCCUCAUGGCACCGUCGGACGACUGGGAGUAGAGCCGCAGGACAGUCUCGGGCGAGACCUCGUUGGCCAGCGGGGAGAGGAUGUCCGAGCGCAGAUCGCCUGCCUGUUUGCCCACCUGCUCGGCCAGCUUGGCUAGCGAGUCAUCGUCCAGGCCGAAGCUGCGGUGGUAGCCGCGCAGUGAGCGGACGAGCAGUGCAUCGUCGUAGCGGCCGCCGGCCGGGCCCGCGCAGAGCCUGGAUGACGCCCAACACCAGGGCCGUCUUGAGCACCUGCUUCUGCAGCAUGUCCGUCUUCUUCCGCAGGGCCUCCAGCAAGAUGUCGGGCAGCGACAGCAGGCCGGCCUGGCGACGGGGCGCGGGCAGAUCGUGCUCCCAGGCGGACACGAGCAGCGGGAAGUCGUGGUGCGCGGGCGAGAGGUUGGACACGAGGAAGACGCGCAGGUCGUUCACGCCGGCCCCAUGCAGCCGCUCGGCGCAGUGCUCGCGGACCUCCUGCAGGGCCGCCGCCUCGCUGACGCCCGAGGGUCGCUGGGUGCGCGUGCGCACGAAGUAGAACUGUUUGCCCUGGCGCAGGAUCUCGGAGGCCAGGCGGGUCUCCACGGCGCCGCAGCGGCGGGGCGAGACCAGCAGGAAGAAAUCAUAGCGGCCGAAGUCCACCUGCUUCAGAGCCCUGAGCUACCAUAUAGAGGUCCUGCUACCCUGCUGUAGAGACCCCAUGGAGAAACAGAGACCAUGUGGAGAUGGGCCUGAAGCCAUCCAGGAUGUUCCAGCCCCAGCUGAGCUCCAGCUGAACGCACAGGAGUGACCCACAGGAGUGACCCUAGCCGAUACCAUGUGGAAGUAAAAGAACCAUCCAACUGAGC